AUCAACAAUAAUGACAGCUCGUGAGUGGGAGCGGAUGUUAUGAGCUGUGAUGAUGUUGAGUUUGUAGUUUCUUGUACACAAGUAUAUAAUUCUAAUAAUUUAAUAAAAAUGAACGUCGUUGCAGCUGUUAGGCUAUACAUUACGCGAAUGACCGAAGAAAGUGGCCCAGGAAUGAAAAUACUUCUGAUGGACAAACACACGACUGGAAUCGUGAGCAUGGUAUUCGGGCAGUCGGAGAUACUAAGGAAAGAGGUGUACCUGUUCGAAAGGAUUGAUUCUGGAAGCGCCUAUGAACCAAUGAGACACUUGAAGUGUAUAGUAUUUAUCCGACCAACGAAAGAAAACCUUUCAUUUCUUGAAAGAGAGCUUAGAAAUCCGCAGUACGGCGCUUAUUACAUUUAUUUCAGCAAUAUUAUAGCAAAAGCUGACAUAAAGACAUUGGCUGAAGCAGAUGAUCAAGAAGUUGUGAGGGAAGUCCAGGAAUUUUAUGCUGACUAUCUGGCUGUUAGUCCGCAUCUAUUUUCUCUUGGCAUAACAGCAUGUUCUCAAGGUGUGUCGUGGAAUAGUGUCAGUCUACAGAGGACAGUGGAAGGUGUGACAGCUGUUUUGUUGUCUCUUAAGAAGUGUCCAUUUAUACGAUACCAGAGUUCUUCCAGAAUGGCCAAAAGACUAGCUGAAAAAAUAAGGGAAGUUUUGUCUAAAGAAGCAUCCCUUUUUGAGUUUAGACAGUCAGAAGUUCCACCAGUGUUACUGAUUUUGGACAGACGUGAUGAUCCUGUUACUCCUCUCCUUAAUCAGUGGACCUAUCAGGCAAUGGUUCAUGAACUAUUGACUAUUAACAACAAUAGAGUUGAUCUCUCAGGUGUUCCUGGCAUUUCAAAGGAACUGAAAGAAGUUGUACUCUCUGCUGAGCAAGACGAAUUUUAUUCUGCUAAUCUGUAUCUGAAUUUUGGAGAAAUUGGGCAGACAAUAAAGGCUUUGAUGGAAGACUUCCAGAAGAAGGCAAAAAGUCAUAAAAAAGUUGAAAGUAUUGCAGACAUGAAGAAUUUUGUGGAAGCCUACCCCCAAUUUAAGAAAAUGUCUGGAACCGUUACCAAACAUGUCACAGUAGUGGGUGAGCUGUCAUCUUUGGUUAGCCGUCAUAACCUGUUGGAGGUAUCAGAACUUGAGCAAGAGUUGGCUUGCCAGAAUGAACAUUCCCAGCAGCUGCAAAGAAUACGAAGACUGAUUGACAGUGGUGGAGUAAGAGAUUUUGAUGCAGCUCGUCUAGUGAUGUUAUAUGCUUUACGCUAUGAGAAACAUGCCAACAAUGAUAUAAAUGGGCUUGUGGUUGAACUGAGAAAACGUCGUGUUCCAGAUGAGUUAAUAGAGGCAGUGUUGAAUAUGAAGCAUUAUGGUGGAGCAAAUGCAAGACAGAGUGAUAUAUUCGGUGCUCAAGAUGCUGUCGUGAAGAUAACGAAGAGAAUCUUCAAAGAUCUGAAAGGAGUUGAAAAUGUAUAUACGCAGCAUGUACCGUUACUUAAAGAAACUUUGGAAGACUUAGUGAAAGGCAAGUUGAAAGAAAGUUCUUUCCCAUAUCUGGGAAAAGGGCAGAUAAACAAAAGGCCACAGGACAUUAUAGUCUUCAUAGUUGGUGGUGCCACGUAUGAAGAGUCUUUGACUGUGUAUCAGCUGAACAAAAAUUUGGGAGUGAGGAUAGUUCUAGGAGGAACUACAAUACAUAACUCCCGUAGUUUCCUCGAAGAAGUGAAAGCCGCAACACGUUAAAAUGCUGCUGAGGUGAAACUCAAUCUAAAAGCUAACAUGCCUCUGGCUAAUGAACUUGCAGAGAAAACUGAUAAAUGUACAAAAGAAUUCAGCAAGUGAUUGAGGAUGUUGACAAGACACUCAGUGCUGAAGCAAGGGAAGGUGGUAUAUUUUUAUGGAGGAUUGAUCAAUAUGAAAGGAUUAUGUUGUGGGAGGGGAGAAGAAUGUCAAAUAUGAGGAGCAGGACAGGCAACCAUGGAAAGUGCUGAAAUUAUUGUGAACAGUUUGGUGUGAAAACCCUAGCUGCUAUUUGAUUGAAUAUAUACCUAACUUGCAAGCUGGGGACUUGGUAUGCCUUGAUUUUUCUGAACAGAAAGUUAAACAAUUCAUUUGCAUUAAGUCUGAUAUUUCUGUUACAAUCUCUUGUAAAAUAUACUUAAGGACUAAAUGUAAAUUACCAAAAUAAAAGUUGUUGAAAUUGUA